AUGCGCCACGUGGUGUGUUUACUGGUUCUUAUGUUGUGCUAUGUAGGCGUGUGUGUGCUGGCCAAUCAAGUUCAAUCUGGUCCUACACAAUUACCCGUUGAGAAUCCUGCUGCCCUUGGAGUGCAAGAUAGGACUGGUGUCACCCAUUCCGUAACUGGUGGUACUUCUCCAGCUGCUGGGUUUUUUCCUGGUGUUUACCCAGGGACGCAUGAUCCUCAUGGUAAGCCUGAUGUUAAUGCUAUUGUGAAGAAAUUGGGGCUUGAUGGUGCUGUGAGUAUUCCUGCUGAUAAAAAUAAGGGGUCUCACCUUAAUCCUGCUGAUCCUGAAGUUCUUUGUCCAAACCCUGCUGAUAAGAAUGCCCCUGUUGCUUGUGCUCCUGGUGUUCCAGGAAAAGUUGCUGGAGGUGUCAAAAAAACUGCUGGACCUACUGGAAAACCACAGAAUGCUUUAGGUCAUAGUGACGAUCAGCAUGCUCUUAUUGAAGUUGGCGGUGUCCGUGGUGCUGGUGCUGAAGCUCGAAGUCAUACUGCUAAUCAUCAUACUGCUCUGGUUCCUGACCCCGACCGUGCUACUUCUCUUAAUUUAACUCUUCGUUCCCAAUUAGAUGCUCCUCCUCCUGCUCAAAAAAAUACUGAUGAAGAGGGAACUGGUGCUGCUCUCACUCGUUCGGAUCCUCACUCUACCCCUUCUCCUGAAGAAGCUUCUGCUUCUUGUGUUCGCCCUGGUGAAACUGUUAAGCCUGGAGAAAAGCGUGUCCGCUGUGCUCAUGGACCUGGAAUCGUUAUUGUCCCCAAAGCAAACGAAUCUCUUAAUUUAACUCUAAAGACAGAACCCGAUGCUGGUGUUGGUGAACUAACAGGUGUUAAAGAGAAGCCUAAAGUAGGGGCAGGUCUCCAACCUCGUUUUUCUGGUCCAGAAGUUCCCGAUGCUAAUGGAUUUCCUGGUGUACCUGAUGCUAUUCUUAAUGUUGGUGGUGCUCCUUCUGUUGCUAUUAAUCGUGGUCCUGCUCGUCCUCCUCGUGCAGAUGUUGUUGUUUCCGAGAGUAGUGAAGAAGUCUCAGCUCCCACGAAAACGCAACCUGAAGAGAAUGAUAAUCAGGCAGAGAAUAUUGCAUCACCUGCACAGAGUGCACCAACAAGGAACACUCCCAAUACACCCACUAAGGUGACGCCACCCGCAAUGCCAACAAUACUGCAACCUCCUAUGCCUGCAAAGAGCGAAAACAAACUACCACCCAAGAAGCGUAAAGCAGACAGCAGCAGCAGUAUCAGCAGUUCUGUGUGGGUACGUGUGCCACUACUGAUUGUGGCUGUGUUGUUCUCCGCUACUGUGUGCUGA